AUGUCCUUACCCGGCCUCUCACUACCAGGCCUGGGUCCAGCCAGGGCAACCUCCUCAACACCCAUCACCGGAAAUGCUUCCGCAUCACAAGCACCUCGAACGGAGACUAUUCAACCACAGACGGAAUGGCGAUUCGAAGUAGCAUUCUCCCAACGCUACAACAUCAAGCUCGAGAGCGGAAGUGCUGAGCUGUUCGGGGUAGAGCUUGCGCCCAAGCAAACCUACACAUUCUCCGGAUUCAAAGGCGCAGUCUUCACAUGGCAGGGCUGUCAGCUCGAGAUCACUGGUACUGCGGAGAGCGAGUAUGCAGGUCAAGAAACCGAGUAUGCUGUCGAAUGGCUCAAUGUUCACGGCAUGCUCAAGACUCUUCGAUAUCAGAGUCGGGGAGAUGGACCCAGAGUGCUGGUGGUUGGACCAGAUCAUGUCGGGAAGAGCAGUCUAGUCAGAAGCCUGGCGGCAUGGGGUGUAAGGAGUGGUGAUGCACCAACUGUGCUGAAUCUAGACUCGAGAGAAGGCGUCUUGGCCCCACCCGCCAGUUUCACCGUCGUCACAUGCGACUCUUCAAUGGAUGCUGAGAAUGGCUAUGGUAUCAGUCCAAUGUCUGGUCCCACCGUCUCAGCAGUUCGCACUCCUCUCAUCUACAGCUUCCCUUUCGCUUCGCCAACUGAGAAGCCAGAAGCCUUCAAAGGACUCGUCACCCGCAUGGCUUUAAGUGUCACCAACAAGCUCGAGGAAGAUACCGCAAUCAAGCGCAGCGGCCUCAUCAUCGACACUCCCGGCUCACUGAACGAUCCAAAGACGAGCUACGAGCUCAUUGCUCAUCUCGUCUCGGAAUUCAGCAUCAACGUCGUUCUCUCCAUCGGCUCCGAGCGGCUUGCAAGCGACCUCACCCGCAAGUUCGCCGCCAACAAGUCUCCCGAGGAGACCGUGACCGUUCUGAAGAUGACGAAACCCGGCGGUGCAGUCGAGCGAGACAACGCAUUCAUGAAACAAUUACGAACACAACAAACCCGCCAGUACUUCUUCGGCUCCUCAAAAGAGUCCCUCAACCCCCACUCUCACACAUUCGGCUUCAACGACUUGGACAUCUACCGUGCCAAGUCCGCCUCCAUGGGCGACGCAGACAACCCUGAAGCAGCCGAUGACGAUGACGACUACGACGUCCCCUACGCCAACAAGCCAACCAGCAACGCUACUUUCGAGAGGAUCACGCCUUCCACAACGAUGACGGGAGGUCUGGUGGCGAUCAAGUUCUGUCCUGGCGAUAGUGACGAGCAGACGGUGCGAGAUAGUGCGGUGAUGGGAUUCGUGUACGUGUCGGAUGUGAACGAGACGAAGAAGAUUGUGCGGUUUCUGGCGCCUCAUCCGCAGAAGUGGAAGGAUCGUGCGCUGGUAUGGGGUUAUGGGUGGCCGGAGGCGGUGGCGGAUUUGGUGGUUUAG